AUGAAACGAUCCUCCACGGCACAGGACAUCAUGCAGAACCUCCUUCUCUCUGCUCUGGCAUUUAGUGUCACGGCUAAUGCCUAUGCCCCUGGAGCUGCUGGCUGGGACAAAGCUUACUCAAAAGCCCAAGCCGCCCUCUUAAAGCUAAAUCUGACCGAAAAGGUCGGGAUUGCCACUGGCGUCGGGUGGGGAGCCGGGCCCUGCGUGGGCAACACAUAUCCUGUCAGCUCGAUUGACUAUCCCUCCUUAUGUCUACAGGACUCGCCCUUGGGCGUCCGCUACGCCAAUCCUGUCACAGCCUUCCCCGCGGGUAUCAAUGCCGGAGCAACUUGGGAUCGUAGUCUCUUGUACGCACGCGGUGCUGCAAUAGGCGAGGAGGCCAAAGGUCUGGGCGUCCACGUCCAGCUUGGACCAGUCGCCGGGCCUCUGGGAAAGAAUCCCGAUGGCGGUAGGAACUGGGAAGGGUUCUCGGUCGACCCGUAUCUCAGUGGAGUUGCCAUGGAAGAGACAAUCCAGGGUAUGCAAGAUUCGGGCGCUCAGGCCUGCGCAAAGCACUGGCUUGGGAAUGAGCAAGAGCACAAUCGCGAGACGAUGAGCUCUAACAUUGGCGACCGUGCGACGCACGAGCUGUAUGUAUGGCCGUUCAUGAACGCAGUCAAGGCCAAUGUUGCAUCUGUGAUGUGCUCCUACAACAAAUUGAAUCAGACUUGGGCCUGUGAAAGUGAGGCUCUGAACGAUCUGAUGAAGACCGAGUUAGGUUUCCCUGGAUACAUUAUGACCGACUGGAAUGCGCAGCACACUGGUGUCGGCAGUGCCUUGGCUGGACUCGAUAUGACAAUGCCGGGUAGUGACUUCAAUAACUCACCCGAAAGCAAAUACUGGGGACAAAACCUCGUGCAGGCCGUUGCUGAUGGCUCUGUGCCUGAAUCGCGUGUGGAUGAUAUGGCAACGCGUAUCCUGGCAGCUUGGUAUCUUCUCGAGCAGGAUAAGGGCUAUCCUGAGGUGAGCUUCAGCUCCUGGGAUGGAGGCAAAGCCAGUGUCGACGUCACAGGGGACCAUGCGACCGUCGUCCGCACCGUUGCCCGUGAUUCCAUCGUCCUGUUGAAGAAUGAGGACGCUGCUCUCCCUCUGCGGCAACCCAAGACCUUGGCCAUCAUUGGACAAGAUGCUAUCGUCAACCCUAAGGGCCCUAAUUCAUGCACAGACCGCGGCUGCAACGAUGGCACGCUAGCUAUGGGGUGGGGCAGUGGGACAUCUGAGUUCCCUUAUCUCAUUGCUCCCCUUGAUGCAAUUCAGGCCCAGGCUAAAAAAGACGGCACGGAGAUUAUCGAGAGCACGACCGAUAGAACUACGGCCGCUGCCUCUGCUGCCGCGGCAGCGGAGACUGCCGUGGUCUUCAUUAAUGCAGACGCUGGCGAAGGUUACAUCACAGUCGAGGGCCACGCUGGCGACAGAAAUGAUCUCGAUCCUUGGCACAACGGAAACGAUCUCGUCAAGUCCGUUGCGGCAGUGAACAAAAAUGUCAUCGUAGUCGUGCACAGUGUGGGCCCCAUUACCCUAGAGACUAUCCUAGAGCAGCCCUCAGUGAAGGCAAUUGUUUGGGCUGGGCUACCAGGCCAGGAAAGCGGAAACGCCCUGGUUGACGUGCUGUAUGGUAGCACAUCUCCAAGCGGCAAGCUUCCCUACACGAUCGCCAAGCAGGCUUCGGAUUAUGGGGCUGGCUGGGACAGUGCGCUCGACGACAAUUUCGUUGAAGACUUGUUUAUUGAUUACCGCCACUUCGACAAGAACAACAUCACCCCCCGCUACGAGUUUGGCUACGGCUUAUCGUAUACGACAUUCAACUACACGGGACUUGUGGUUAGUAUUUCUGCUACAUCUGGAGCAUCAGAUGGACCCAUUGUCCCUGGCGGAGCAGAGGACCUUUUCGAAUCAGUCGGCACUGUCUCCGUCGUGAUUCAAAACACUGGCGACGUAGCUGGUGCUGAGGUCGCUCAGCUCUACCUUGGUCUUCCGGACUCAGCGCCUAGCACUCCCCCAAAGCAGCUGCGAGGGUUCCAAAAGUUGAAUAUCCAACCGGGAGAGCCGGAGACGGCUACUUUUGAGCUCACUCGGCGUGACUUGAGCUACUGGGACGUGCAGAGUCAGAAGUGGGUUGUGCCUGCUGGUAGUUUCACCGUUUAUGUUGGAAGCUCCAGUCGGGAUGUUCGCGAACAGGGAAAGUUUACUGUCGCUUAG